AUAUGAAGAAAAGUUACCAGAUAGGUGAAAAAUAUUACGCAGCACAAAAUUCAUUCUUCAUCUUUGCAGGCGAAUAUUUAUAACGAAAACUGCUCUAAAGUCAAACGAAAAAGUUUGUAAUAUUAUUAACGCAAUGGCCUACAAUGCAAAUAAGAUGCAUCUCUUGCGCGCUAUCGCUAAGCGGGGCUAUGCCGCCUGCCCACGCCCCGUGGGGGACAUCUCCGCGGUGAGUGUGAAAGUUCUGGAGAACAAAUUGGUUGUGGCCACAGCGGAUGCCACCGUGCCCGUCUCGCGCGUGUCCGUCGUGCUGGGAGCUGGUUCCCGUCACGAGACCUACGAUACCAUGGGAGCUUCCCAUCUGCUCCGCUUGGCCGGAGGACUGAGCACCCAGUACUCGUCUGCUUUCGCCAUUGCCCGCAACAUUCAGCAGGUCGGCGGCACCUUGACCGCCUGGAACGAUCGCGAAGUUGUCGGCUACACCGUCGAGACCACGGCCAACAAUGUGGACACCGGUCUGCGCUACCUGCGGGACCUGCUGCAGCCAGCCUUCAAGCCAUGGGAGAUGAAGGAUAAUGCCAAGACUCUGCACUACCAACUGUAUGCUGUCACCCAAGAGCAACGCGCCAUCGAGCUGGUCCACAAGGCUGCCUUCCGUACCGGCCUGGGCAACUCCAUCUACAUCCCCACUUUCCAGCUGGACAAUCUUUCCUCCGAAAGCCUGCUGCACUACGUGUCCAACACCUUUUCGGCCAGUCGGGCAGCCGUUGUUGGCGUGGGUAUUGACAGCAGCACUCUGUCGAGCUUCGCCCAGACCCUGGAGUUCCCGAGCGGCGGUGGAAAGACUGCAUUCGCCAAAUAUUUUGGGGGCGAUGCCCGCAAGGAGACCAACGGACAACGUGCCACUGUCGCCGUUGCUGGUCUGGGCGGCUCCAUUGUCAACCACAAGGAGGCUCUUGCGUUUGCCGUGCUGGAGCAGGCUGUGGGCGCUGGUGCGGCCACCAAGCGCGGAAACUCUGCGGGACUGUUCGGCGAGGCUGUCAACUGUGCUGGCGGCUCGAGCCCCAGCUCUGUUAGGGCUCUGAAUACCACCUAUUCGGAUGCCGGACUCUUUGGCUUCGUGGUGUCCGGCGAGGCCAAGGAAAUUGGCAAGACCGUCGAGUUCCUGGUGCGCGGUUUGAAGUCUGCUUUGGUUUCGGAAAAAGAUGUGGCUCGCGGCAAGGCCAUGCUGAAGGCCCGCAUCAUCUCGAAGUAUUCCUCCGAUGGUGGUCUGAUCAAGGAGAUCGGGCGCCAAGCGGCGCUCAGCAGAAACGUCUUGGAGGCUGACACUUUGCUUUCCGCCAUUGAUGGCAUUACCCAAAAGCAGGUCCAGGUGGCUGCCAAGAAGGUGGCCGACUCGAAGCUAUCGGUCGGCGCCAUUGGAAAUCUACAGAACGUGCCCUACGCUGCUGAUUUGCAGAAAUAGAACCUGUUAUCCGUAAAUGUAACAACUAAAAAUAAACUUAUUGCAAAAUGUAUGAAUUA